AUGAAGGGGCUCUUCGGCAUCGGCUCGCGAGGCAAUGGGGCGUCGAGCACCCCUUCGCCCGCCGCGCCGCCGGUCAGGAAAGACCCCCAAACGCCACAGAUAACCCCGCUGGAGAAGCGGUUGCAAGACAUGGGUUCCAUACGCGGCGAUGGUAGCGACAAGUUCUUUGGCAUGGAAAAUUAUGGCAAUACUUGCUACUGCAAUUCGAUACUCCAAUGUCUUUACUAUUCCGUUCCCUUCCGCGAGGCCGUGAUCAACUACCCACGGCGCACUCCGUUGGAGAGUCUCGAGGCGGCCCUCGCCAAGAACCUGCGAUUCCCGAAUCCCAAUGCACACCUAGAAGCCGAGGCGCAGGCCGCCAAGCAAAAGGCCCAGGCGGCAACUUCACCAUCCGCACGCCAGGCCGGCGUGACUCCCAACCAACCACAGAAACCGGAGGAUAAAGAAUCGCCGGAAUACAAGAAGAAGGUGGCACUCCAAACUUUGCCGAUCUUGGAAACCAGGAAUAACGCCUCGAGUUAUGGCAUGUCCGAGUCCCUCUUUACCUCGUUGAAGGACAUCUUUGAAUCCUUGGUCGGCAGUCAGUCUCGGAUCGGUGUCAUCCGGCCACAGCAGUUCUUGGAUGUCUUGCGACGGGAGCAUGAGAUGUUUCGGACGGCCAUGCACCAGGAUGCACACGAGUUUUUGAAUUUACUACUAAACGAGGUCGUGUCGAAUGUGGAGGCUGAGGCGACCAAGCACAACUUUGUGGAGAAAGCACUCCCGCCGUCAGAAAGCGUCGAUUCUCUAAGCACGAUGACGCCCAGUUCGGGUUCCAAAUCACCCAACACUACGAGAUGGGUCCACGAGUUAUUUGAAGGGACGUUGACGUCCGAGACUAAAUGCUUGACCUGUGAGAAAGUCUCCCAGCGUGACGAGGUCUUCUUGGAUCUUUCGGUGGAUCUCGAGCAGCAUUCAUCGGUGACAUCCUGUCUCCGAAAGUUCUCCGCCGAAGAAAUGCUUUGCGAGCGGAACAAGUUUCACUGUGAUAAUUGUGGAGGUCUUCAGGAAGCCGAGAAGCGAAUGAAGAUCAAGCGUCUGCCUCGUGUACUGGCUUUGCAUCUGAAACGCUUCAAGUAUACGGAGGACUUGCAGCGAUUGCAGAAACUGUUCCACCGCGUCGUCUACCCAUAUCAUCUGCGGCUAUUCAAUACCACGGAUGACGCCGAGGACCCAGAUCGGCUUUACGAACUGUACGCUGUGGUUGUUCAUAUUGGCGGAGGGCCUUAUCACGGCCAUUACGUUGCUAUAAUCAAGACAGAAGAUCGCGGCUGGCUGCUCUUUGACGAUGAGCUGGUGGAACCGGUGGACAAGAAUUACGUGCGCAACUUCUUUGGAGAUCGACCUGGCCUGGCCUGUGCAUACGUCCUAUUCUAUCAGGAAACUACCCUCGAAGCUGUGCUCCGAGAGCAAGCUCAGGAGGAUCAGGCCACUUCAACUGUGCCGGCUGAGAACGGAGAGGCCGGGAGGACUAACGGAUACCCCUUGUCACCCGGUCUGUCCCAUGUUCACAGUGCGUCUCAAGUGCCUUCGGAUGACCCGAAUCGUGUGAAUGGCAUCCACCGAAUCCCCACCGCCCCUCAAAUGUCCACGCACCCCGAAGCGCCCGAGGCGGAGGCGUCAGCUCCACAGCCCGUUCAACCACCCCAGCCACCACUGCCCACGAUCCCUGAUGAACAGCACCCCCCUCUCAGUCCGAAGAAGAGCGACGUUCAGUCACGAAAGGAAAGAUCGAAGGAGGAGAAGGAGCGCAAGGCAAUAGAGAAGGAGAAAGAAAAGGCAGACAAAGAGCGAGAACGGGCAGAAAAGCUCCGGCGCAAAGAAGCCGAUUUGCAACAGGCUAGACAACAGAUGAACGAGAGACGCGAAGCAGAGGAUUUCAGACGGGCUGUUAAAGCCAGUGAAGCCGAGAUGGCUAAGAACAAUGAUGGCUCUGAACUUGGCCCCGAGAACGGGUCGCCGAGGAAGCUCGGUUUCUUGAGACGUGGAAGCCGCAGUCUAAGCCAAAGACUGAGCAAGGACAAGGAGCCUCGCGUCUCAACAUCCGAUCUGCCACCGAUCCCGAGCCCAGUUCCCGAAGCACCGCAACUAGAAGAGCCCGUUCUAUCCCCGCUACCCCAGAAGGAGACCCCCUCCCUCCCGAACCCCAAGCUAGUGUCACGAAACAGCCCACCCGUCGCCAAGGACAGCAAACCCGAGAAAACCGGACGUUGGAGGUCUCUUAGCCUCAAGAAAUCCUAG